AUGGAAGGGCAAUGGGUGAUUUGGCUUUCAGCGCUGGUAAGCAGUGUGCUCGCUUAUUUCUUAGUAGAUUUAAUGGGGGAAAGAAAGAAGAAGAGCAGAGCAAAUCUUCCUCCUGGACCUCCUGGCUGGCCCAUCGUGGGAAACCUUCUCCAGCUGGGGAAAAAACCCAAUGAAUCUCUGUGGGCUCUUUCUCAGCAAUACGGUCCUCUCAUGACUCUCUCUCUCGGCAUGAAAACUGCUGUGGUGGUUUCAUCCUCUGAAAUGGCAAAAGAGGUCCUCAAAAUCCACGACCAGAAUUUUGCAGGACGGAUUAUGAUAGAAGCAGCAAAGGUGUUUUCUCACCAUGAAUCUUCAAUUGCUUUUGCUCAGUAUGGAGAUUACUGGCGGAAGUUCAGACGCAUUGCCACCACAGAGCUUUUCACUCCCACCAGACUCCAAGCGCUGCAACAUCUCAGAAGAGAUCAAGUCUCCGAGACGAUUCGAAUGGUCUUUGAGAAGAAGGGGACGAGUAUGAAUAUUGCAGAGCUGGUGUACUACGAGGGUCUCAAUCUCAUGAGCAACGCCAUUUUCAGUAAGAACUUGUUCGAUCCCAAAAAUCUAGAGUCUGCAGAAUUGAGAAACACUUUUAGUGAAAUGGUGAACUUGACCGGAAAACCCAACUUGGCCGACUUUUAUCCGUUUCUGAAGUUGGUGGACCCUCAGGGAGUGUGCCGUCGUCUGACAGUCCAUCAUAAGCGACUACAUGAGUACUUAGAUGUAUUCAUACAAGAUCGGUUGGAGGCGAGGAGGCAAGGGGUCGGUCUACCCAAGGAAAAGGACUUUCUCGACAUUCUGCUCGAUCUGACUGCCCAUGAUUUCACUCUGGUGAAUAUCAGGGCUUUACUCUUGGAACUCUUGUCUGCUGGUAGUGAUACUACUACUACAACAAUUGAAUGGGUUAUGGUGGAACUAAUUGCCAAUCCUUACGUAAUGAAAAAAGCGCAAAAGGAAUUAGAAGAGGUAAUUGGUCUCAAUCGAAAAGUGGAAGAAUCUGACAUAGAUCGUCUACCUUAUCUCCAUGCUAUAGUGAAAGAAGUGUUUCGACUACACCCAGCACUUCCUUUGGCAUUGCCCCAUAGAGCAGACAACUCAUGUGAGGUGGCAGGGUAUAUGAUACCUAAGCAUGCCAUGGUGAUUGUGAAUCUGUGGGCAAUUGGAAGAGAUCCUAAAAUUUGGAAAGAACCUUUAAAAUUUAUGCCAGAGAGGUUUUUUAAUGGUCUGGUUACUAGUAAUAAGAGACGUGCUGCUAGAUGGGAUCCUCCUCCUUUGGGCCAUUUCAAGCUUGAUUUUGAUGGUGCUUCUAGGGGUAACCCGGGAUUGGCUGGGGCUGCGCUGGUAAGCAGUGUGCUCGCUUAUUUCUUAGUAGAUUUAAUGGGGAAAAGAAAGAAGAAGAGCAGAGCAAAUCUUCCUCCUGGACCUCCUGGCUGGCCCAUCGUGGGAAACCUUCUCCAGCUGGGGAAAAAACCCAAUGAAUCUCUGUGGGCUCUUUCUCAGCAAUACGGUCCUCUCAUGACUCUCUCUCUCGGCAUGAAAACUGCUGUGGUGGUUUCAUCCUCUGAAAUGGCAAAAGAGGUCCUCAAAAUCCACGACCAGAAUUUUGCAGGACGGAUUAUGAUAGAAGCAGCAAAGGUGUUUUCUCACCAUGAAUCUUCAAUUCCUUUUGCUCAGUAUGGAGAUUACUGGCGGAAGUUCAGACGCAUUGCCACCACAGAGCUUUUCACUCCCACCAGACUCCAAGCGCUGCAACAUCUCAGAAGAGAUCAAGUCUCCGAGACGAUUCGAAUGGUCUUUGAGAAGAAAGGGACGAGUAUGAAUAUUGCAGAGCUGGUGUACUACGAGGGUCUCAAUCUCAUGAGCAACGCCAUUUUCAGUAAGAACUUGUUCGAUCCCAAAAAUCUAGAGUCUGCAGAAUUGAGAAACACUUUUAGUGAAAUGGUGAACUUGACCGGAAAACCCAACUUGGCCGACUUUUAUCCGUUUCUGAAGUUGGUGGACCCUCAGGGAGUGUGCCGUCGUCUGACAGUCCAUCAUAAGCGACUACAUGAGUACUUAGAUGUAUUCAUACAAGAUCGGUUGGAGGCGAGGAGGCAAGGGGUCGGUCUACCCAAGGAAAAGGACUUUCUCGACAUUCUGCUCGAUCUGACUGCCCAUGAUUUCACUCUGGUGAAUAUCAGGGCUUUACUCUUGGAACUCUUGUCUGCUGGUAGUGAUACUACUACUACAACAAUUGAAUGGGUUAUGGUGGAACUAAUUGCCAAUCCUUACGUAAUGAAAAAAGCGCAAAAGGAAUUAGAAGAGGUAAUUGGUCUCAAUCGAAAAGUGGAAGAAUCUGACAUAGAUCGUCUACCUUAUCUCCAUGCUAUAGUGAAAGAAGUGUUUCGACUACACCCAGCACUUCCUUUGGCAUUGCCCCAUAGAGCAGACAACUCAUGUGAGGUGGCAGGGUAUAUGAUACCUAAGCAUGCCAUGGUGAUUGUGAAUCUGUGGGCAAUUGGAAGAGAUCCUAAAAUUUGGAAAGAACCUUUAAAAUUUAUGCCAGAGAGGUUUUUUAAUGGUGAGAAUAGUAAGGUAAAGUAUAAGGGACAAAAUUUUGAGCUGAUACCAUUUGGAGCUGGAAGAAGAAUAUGCUUAGGACUUCCUUUGGCUCAUCAAAUGGUUCAUUUUACUAUUGCUUCCUUAAUCCAUUCCUUCAAUUGGAUGCUUCCAAUAGGGAUGAAUUAUAAUAAGAUAGACAUGAGUGAGACAUUUGGAAUAGUAUUAAAGAAGUCUAAAGAAUUGCAUGCAAUCCCCACACCAAGAUUACCAAAUCAUCUAUACUAA